UAUCAAUCAUUUUCCAACACAAUAAUCGACGAAUAUAUCUUUUCUGGUCAAAUGAGCGAAAGGUUAGAAUUAAAUUCUUCGAUGGAGUUCAAUCAGUAUCAAGGAGAAUAUUUGGAGUCUGCUCCUUUGAUGGCAUCAUAUUAUCAAUUUAAUCAGUAUCAAACAUUUCCAAACGCAAGAAGCGACGAAGAUUACGUUGCUGACUCUAUUCCUUUGAUAGCAGACAUGGGAACAAUUUAUAAUUAUCAUUCAGAAGAUUUUGAGGAUGGUGAUUUCAUGAAUUAUGAUUAUUAA